CCGGAAUGGUGGAAAUGGAAUGCGCAAUUAAGUCAAGGCACCAGUCAGUCAGUGUUUUGAUGUCUGCAUAGUGAUGUUAAGUCUGAUUUUGAAUGUUUAAGUUACUAAUAAUUUUACUAUAAAUAUGUUUAAUCAAUAAUGAAUAUAUCGAAAAAGUUACCAAAACGAUAAGGUUUGAUGUAUGAUCUACUAACUUCGUCCAAGAACUACCCAACCAUGCCUUUAAGUGCAGACAUAUCAAGUGCUCUCCAAUUGCUGGAGCAUAUCCAGUUGACAAUAAACCAGAGUGAUGAUGCAAAACUUCAGGCUCAAACUGCUGAUGAUUUGAACUUUCUUAUAGCUUCCCUGGAGAAUCCUAUAUUGCGGAGCAUUGUCACAAUACAGGAUUCUCUGGGGGAACUAAACCAACAGUUGCAGCAACAUCCUUCUAUCCUCCCAGUGGACUUUGACAUUGGGCUCAGCGGUGACUUGAUCCUGAGUGUUCCUCCCCCUCUGUAUGAGUCUGACUAUCCCCCCGCAGCCACACCUCGCACCGAGUUCGACGAUCAGAGGGUGCCAGUGGCCAAAUUAUCACAGAGUUCAUCUGGGGAGUCCCCUUCACCGCAGGUGAUCAGUCCAGCACCUGAAGAGACUAGCCUACCACCCAUCACAACUCCCACUUACGCUCUUGAAUUCCAGAAAGCCAUAGAACAGACUUCUCAUGGACGGGAAGUUCAGACCAUCAAGUUAUCCAAACCUGAUGGUGGCAGUCUCGGAUUUAGUGUUGUUGGUUUGAAGAGUGAAUACGAAGGCGAGCUUGGUAUAUUCGUGCAAGAGAUUCAACCCACGAGCGUCGCCGGACGAGAUGGGAGGCUACACGAGGGUGACCAGAUCCUGGCAAUCGAUGGACAACCGCUGGACUCCAACAUCACCCACUUUCAGGCCAUCAACAUCCUGCAGAAGGCCCGAGGCCUGGUGGAGCUUGUGAUCGCCCACUACGACUGCCCGCCCUCUCCCUCCCCUUCACCACGUCCCGCCUCCGCCGUCUCGGAUACCUCCAAGGCUGGAUCGGACAUGUUGAACACCGAGUGGGCGCAAGUGGAAGUGAUUGACCUGGUCAAUGAUGGGUCAGGCCUCGGGUUUGGUAUCAUCGGUGGCCGCAGCACGGGAGUCGUUGUCAAGACCAUCCUGCCUGGUGGUGUAGCUGACAGGGAUGGAAGACUGCAGAGUGGAGACCAUAUACUGCAGAUAGGGGAGGUGAACCUGCGGGGGAUGGGGAGCGAGCAGGUGGCUGCUGUACUACGACAGUCAGGCAGCCAUGUGCGGCUCGUCGUCGCCCGCCCCGUCGAGCCUACAUCGCCAGAGUAUCAGGCGUUGGACAGCCAUGCACCCAUCGUGCCCACCAAGCUGCUGGGAGACCCAGAGGAGCUGGACAGGCACUUGGUGCAGAACGGGUAUCCUGAGGUGACCAAUGCUGAUGGCUAUGACAAUCCCUUUAUCUAUACCGGUCACGACCCCGACAUUGACCUGCAGGGACCUGACUCAUUGGUGAUGGAUGUGGUUCGUCCACCACUACCCACCACUCCGAUGCCAGUACUCACCGCCACCCCCUCCCUCCCUCUCCUUACCCUGGACAUGAUCCCCCCGCAGACUCAGCUGCCGGAGAUGGAGAAGUUCAGUGUAGAGAUACAGAAAGACAGCCACGGCCUCGGCAUCACCAUCGCUGGCUAUGUCUGCGAGAAAGAGGACCUCUCUGGUAUUUUUGUGAAAAGUAUCAGUGAAGGCAGUGCAGCAGAUCUGUGUAAGAAGAUCCAAGUUAAUGACCGGAUUGUGGAGGUGGACGGAAGAUCACUACAAGGCUACUCUAACUUUGAGGCUGUGGAUCUGCUGCGAGCCACGGGACAGACAGUCCGGCUCACUCUCGAGAGAUACCUGCGCGGACCCAAGUUUGAACAGCUACAACAGGCCAUCGCCAACCAUGAGCUGAAACCACCCACUCCCUCCUCACCGUCAGCAAUAUCGCUGCCUAAAUACCAGUUGAGCACUGAUGGAGAGUCGGUAGAGGUGGAACCCGAAGGAGAGUCACAGACAACAAUGGACUCACUGGUGCUGGCGGAGGCAGCCAAUCAUGAUGUUAUUCUGGGAGACACAGAGUUGCUGAUAGACGAUGACUAUGAUGGUCCGCUCAAGUCUACUGUAGAGGCAGCCAUACAGGCCAAAUGGAGCAAGAUACUGGGGCCUGACGUUGAGAUUGUGGUGGGUCAGCUGUGCAAGUUUGGUGAAGGAGGAGGCUUGGGGAUCAGUCUGGAGGGAACAGUGGAUGUAGAAGACGGACAGGAGGUGAGGCCGCAUCAUUACAUCCGGUCCAUACUGCCUGAGGGGCCGGUGGGCCAGAACGGCCGUCUACGCUCUGGUGACGAGUUGCUAGAGGUGAAUGGACACCGGCUGCUCGGCAUGAAUCACAUAGAAGUGGUCUCCAUUCUGAAGGAUCUGCCAGUAAACGUAAGGAUGGUCUGUGCUCGUCGUUCACCUGACUCCACUCCUUACCGUCUCAUUGACACCUCCCAGGAUAAGGCUGCAUUCGCUGCCAGGAGUCUGCUGGGUGGCAGCCUGCAGAACCUGAUCCCGGCAAUGGAACGGCUGGUGAAGGCCAAGUCCGAUGGCUCGCUGGCGUCGACCGCCACAGCUACCACCGAGCCGAGCCUGUCCAAGCUCAAGAGCCGCUCACUUGAGCCACUCACUGGGCUCGCUAUGUGGAGCUCGGAGCCGCACAUUAUCGAGCUGACCAAGGGAGAACGUGGGCUGGGCUUCUCCAUACUGGACUAUCAGGAUCCGAUGAAUCCCAGUGAGACAGUGAUUGUGAUCCGGUCUCUGGUGCCGGGCGGCGUGGCACAGCUAGAUGGCAGGCUGAUACCGGGUGACCGGUUGCUCUCAGUCAAUGACACGGCACUGGACAACGCCUCGUUGGACCAGGCGGUGCAGGCUCUCAAGGGAGCACCCAAGGGGCAGGUUCGCAUCGGAGUAGCCAAGCCUCUGCCUAUCCCCGACUCUGUGUCUCAGAGCCAGGAGUUCCUGGAAGGGUUGAGCCAGGCCACUCCGACACUGGAUGACCACUCCAUGUACUCCUGCUCCGGGUCCCUGCCCUCCGACCUGGAAGAGCGAGGGGCUCAUCAUCUACAUGAACAAUACUAUAACUGUGACCUGUCAUUCUAAUACGAAGAUGUGACUAGAAUUACAAUCAAUAAUUCCUUUAAUUCCUAUGUAUAUAGUAUUAGAAUAUAUAUCAGCGAUCAAAACAAAGAGACAGAAAGAGUAUGAAAAUGGUGACGAAAAGAUAAAAAAAUUAAUAUAUUUUAAUUACAUAAAUUAACCAUAGAACAUAAAAAGUUUUUAAAUGUUCAAGAGUUUUUAGAGUAAAUGGUUGACAGUUUGAAUUAUCUAUAGAUUACAGAUAGGUUUGAAGUUGGCUCUGAAACCUAUCUCAUCAGUUAUUAUUCAUCUUAAAUAAUCAAUUACCCAGGUUGCCGGCAGCACCAUUCAAUCGGACAAAAGCCAUUCAUUAAUCAUUCUAUAUAAAUGUU